UGUAGAAGUUGAAUGUAUUCUCAGGUCUUCAUCAUUGAUGUCUAGCCAAGAGUAAAUACUCCAAGUUAGCAGGCCUGUUUUCAGUAGGACAACAAUCAUACACUAAUACAAGAUGGAAGAUUCAUACAAAGAUAGGACUUCAUUAGUGAAAGGAGCAAAAGAUAUUGCCAAGGAGGUGAAGAGACAAGCAGUGAAAAAAGUGAAUAAAGCUCAGGAUGGAUACACACAACGAUCAUAUAAUAGAUUCCAAGAUGAGGAAGAAGAUGAUGACUGUUACGGCCAUGGAGGAGAUUAUGGUGGAGAAGCCAACGAUGAUGAAGGGUCAAGUGAAGCAACCGAAGGGCAUGAUGAAGAUGAUGAAAUUUAUGAAGGAGAAUAUCAGGGAAUCCCAAAUACGGGCCAGGGAAAGGAUGGCAUGGUAGCCUUAGGGCAGCCCAUCCGGGAUGAAUAUAAGGAUCGUAAUGAACUGGAAACAGAGAGGAAAGCUGAUGAGGAAGAACUAGCACAGCAGUAUGAGCUGAUUAUACAAGAAUGUGGCCAUGGUCGUUUUCAGUGGGCCCUCUUCUUUGUUCUUGGAAUGGCUCUAAUGGCUGAUGGCGUAGAAGUUUUUGUGGUUGGAUUUGUGUUGCCCAGUGCUGAGACAGACAUGUGCAUACCCAAUUCUGGAUCAGGAUGGUUAGAAUUGGUGGAGCUGUUCCAGCAGUAUUCUCGUAUUUUUCUGAAGUCCUUGCACGAGAGAAACGUGGUGAACACUUGAGUUGGCUAUGCAUGUUUUGGAUGAUUGGAGGAAUCUAUGCUUCUGCCAUGGCCUGGUUAAUAAUUCCUCAUUAUGGAUGGAGUUUCAGUAUGGGAUCUGCCUAUCAGUUUCACAGCUGGCGAGUAUUUGUGAUCGUCUGUGCACUGCCCUGUGUCUGCUCUGUGGUAGCACUCACGUUCAUGCCAGAAAGUCCAAGGUUCUUGCUGGAGGUUGGAAAACAUGAUGAAGCUUGGAUGAUUCUCAAACAAAUUCAUGAUACAAACAUGCGAGCUCGUGGUCAGCCUGAAAAAGUUUUCACAGUUAACAGAAUCAAAACUCCAAAACAGAUAGAUGAGCUCAUAGAAAUUGAGAGUGACACAGGAACUUGGUAUCGAAGGUGUUUUGUUAGAAUCCGCACAGAGUUAUACAGUAUUUGGUUAACAUUUAUGAGAUGUUUUAACUACCCUGUCAAAGACAAUACAAUCAAGCUAACAGCUGUCUGGUUCACUCUGUCGUUUGGCUACUAUGGCCUAUCUGUUUGGUUUCCCGAUGUCAUUAAACAUCUGCAGUCAGAAAAAUAUGCAUCUGAAGUGCAUCGUUUUUAUGGGAAGAAAUAUAUUGAUACCAACUUCAAUUUCACAUUGGAAAAUCAGAUCCACAUUGAUGGAGAGUUUACCAAUGACAGGUUUACUACAAUGAAAUUUAAAUCAGUAACCUUUCAAAAUUUCCAUUUUGAAAACUGCACAUUUGAAGAUGUUACUUCAAUAAACACGUACUUCAGGAACUGCACUUUUAUGUAUACCAAGUUCUACAACACAGAUUUUGAGGAAUAUAAAUUUAUUGACAGUAAAUUUGUGAACUGUUCAUUUGAUCGCAACAAUACGGGAUGUCAGAUUGCCUUUGAUGAUGACUACAGUGCCUAUUGGAUUUACUUUGUUAAUUUCCUGGGAACUUUGGCAGUGUUACCAGGGAAUAUUGUGUCUGCUCUUCUCAUGGACAGAAUUGGGCGUUUAACAAUGCUAGGUGGAUCUAUGGUUCUCUCUGGAAUUAGCUGUUUUUUCCUUUGGUUUGGUACCAGUGAAUCUAUGAUGAUAGGUAUGCUGUGUCUCUACAAUGGUCUCACCAUCUCAGCAUGGAACUCCCUGGAUGUCAUUACUGUGGAACUGUAUCCUACAGACAGAAGGGCAACAGGCUUUGGCUUCUUGAACGCACUAUGCAAAGCAGCAGCUGUACUUGGAAACUUAAUAUUUGGCUCCCUUGUUGGCAUCACCAAAUCAAUCCCUAUUCUCCUAGCUUCUACUGUUCUAGUAUGCGGAGGUCUGGUAGGACUUCGACUUCCUGACACACGAACCCAGGUGUUAAUGUAACUGGAAAAAGCCAUUUAUGAGUUAUUUCCCUCUCCUUACAAGUGUCAACUCUCCUGACUGAAAAGUGCAAAGGCUUCAGAUUUUCAGCACACAGUAAGGUAUCAGAUAGCAGAAAUCAAACUCAAAAUGAGAUGUUUUUGCUGUG